AUGGCUUUCAACCACUUCUUGUCCAUGUCUUUCACCAGGGAACGAACCAGUUCCACAGCGUAUCUGUCUUUGGACGAUUCUGUCAUCCAAUGCAUCAGGUCCCGCUCUUCGGAGUUUCAGGGUUGCGUGGACCUCGUUGCAAGUGACGCGGUAGCUGGAGGGGCAGCGGUACACGAAUCACUACGACUGGGCAGCCAAUCCCGCCGCGAGGAAUCAGACGACGAGCAGGGAGACCACGCUCUUGGCCGUCCUCGAUGUGGAGUCCGCCAGCUACGGGACAUGGUUCCCAAGGUUUCGGUGGGCUGGGGUGUCGAGGAUCAGCGGGGAUGCGACCUGGUCGACUGUGAAGUCCAGACCGAGCUCGAUCGAAUCAACUUCCCUUCGAUAUGA